AUGGCUUCACCUUUUCUCCCAAAUCCUGUGGACAUCUCCGCGCAAAUUGUUAGACGAGCACUUCGUAGGGAAAGAGUUUUUAGGGACAGACAAAAUCCAUCUGACUUUCCCGAUACUUACUUGUAUGAAAGAUACAGAUUUUCCGCGGAAGGAAUGUCUUAUCUUUGUGAACUUCUUGAGCCGCACAUAACAAAUGUGACUCGUCGAAGCCAUGCCCUUACUGUACCGCAAAUGGUAUGUAUUGCGUUGCGUUUUUUGGCAAGUGGUACAUACUUGUAUGCGGUCGGUGAUGCAGAGAAUCUAGGGAAAAACACGGUCUGUCGGACCAUUCGCAAGGUGGUCCUCGCUCUGCAGGGGUACAUAAAUAGCUUCAUUGUGUUCCCUGGACAUUUAUCGACCAUGUCCAUAAAAGAGGGAUUUUAUAAAAUUGCCGGAUUCCCUAGAGUCAUAGGAGCAAUAGACUGCACACAUGUUGCAAUCUCCACAGCUCUAGGAGAACAUGAGGCAGAUUAUGUGAACAGAAAGUCCUUUCACAGCCUUAAUGUUCAGAUGACUUGUGAUCAUGAAUGCAUGAUCACAAGUUUGGAUGCCAAAUGGCCUGGCUCAGUGCAUGACUCACGAAAUUUCCGUGAGUCUAUUUUGUGUCAGCGCUUUGAGGAAGGGCUUUUUGAUGGCCUGUUGGUAGGAGAUAGAGGUUAUGCAUGCCAGAGGUUUUUGCUAACCCCCUAUCCUGACCCUCAGACAGGGCCACAAAACCGCUUCGAUGUGGCCCUCAGUAAAACCAGGGUCAAGAUCGAGAUGACCUUUGGCAUCCUAAAGGCACGCUUCAACUGCCUUAGGCGUUUAAGAGUGUCACCAGAGCGGGCAUCACAGAUAGUGGCUGCAUGUGCCAUUCUGCACAAUAUAGCCACUAUCAGAAAGGAGCGAGUACCACCACAAAACCAGCUUCUCCCUGAUGAAAUUGACCCCAUCACAAUUGACCACCCAGCUGGCGCAGCUGUCAGAGAUGCAAUCACAACACAAUAUUUUACUUAA